AUGUCCUACCGAAAGUCUGUGCCUGUGCUUUUCGACGAAGAAAUGUGUGGUAAAGGCAUGAUGUGCCAAUGGCAAAUUUACACCAGCAGACCUGCAUUUAGCGACGUGCAAAGUCUGGGGUUCAAGGAUGACUCAAGGAGAGGGAGCAACAAGCAUAGCUGGCACAAGUGUGGUGGAAAGAAACCAGGUUAUCGUGGGAAGAGGGGCAGGGCGCACGGCCACCCUUACAACAAACACGAUCGACCAGAUCCUCAGCCUCCAGGGACGCCGUCGCUCCGUCCUGUCAACAUUCAAGGCAACAUAGCGCCAGGCAUGAGAGCCCCAAGAAACACAAAUCAAUUCUUAAUGCACGAGAAAUACCAGAUGAUGCAUAUGCGAUCAGACUCAAUUGGCACAGACAGCGGCUCGGACUGCGAGAUGGACUUCGCGGACAUGGACUCUUAUCUCGGUGUGCUGGAAAACGCCAGAGGCGCUCUGAUGGACAGUCCCGAUCCACCUCUGGCACCGUCUGCCCGGUUUUGUUCGCGACAGUUGGCGAAGCACCAACAGUUUAGGUUCUUCAGCUUCGGCGAGGUGCACCAGGAGGAGAGUAUGCCGUAUUUCCCUUCAGAACACGACGUAAUGCAAAGUGAGGAUUUCAUGCAAAAAGACUUCAAUGAGUUCUGCAGUGCAAUAGCCACAGUACCGCCCUAUGCUGUUGCAUAAGGGACCACAAGAUAGCCAAGAUAACAAAACUUGGCUGUGUUUUUAUACAGACCAACGGGUGUACUUAAUGUAUUCUAGUAACAUGUCUGAUUGUUAUUUUGGCAAAUGUUACAUAUGAUUUAUUUUUUCUGUAUGUUAUUGUCUAACGGAGAACGAAAGGGUGGAGUAGGAGUUCGCCCUAACAGCCAAUCAUACUCGGGCUCGUGAAAUUAUUGACUCUGGUAAUAAUACGCCAUUGCCUAGUGCUUUCAUUGUAAAUACUGUACACAAUUUUUGAAAAUAAAUGUGACAAACUGUU